AUUUCGAAUUUAGAAGAAUUGUACUAAAAUAAUAGGUCGCCGGUGAGAGCUGGUGCGUAAAACGUUUGAGAAUGUUAAACGCGCUAUUUACAAGCGAGUGUUAUGUGAAUAGUUAAAGUCCUGCCACCGAGACGGUGACCAAGUUUCACUUCCAUAGAAAAAAAGUGAAGCGUAAAAGAGCCAAACUGUAUAAAAAGUGCUUAAUUAUUGUGCAGUGCAUUGAAAAUUGUGUACAAUUAUACUAGCGUUCACGCGUGGACAUUAAUCGGACAUCCAUUUGCAUACUGUUGUUGCCUUUUUCACAGCAGGAGCUACAACAACAAUUGAGACGACUACAGCAACAGCAGCAACAACAACACAUAAGCACUAAGGCCGUGACGUUUCGUUGCUGUCACCAGUUUAGAGCGCCAGCUUUUUACAUUAAAAACAACAGAAGUCUGUAUCAGCCACAGAUUUCGAACAAUCGGAGGGAAUCAACUUUAUAAGGAUCUACUUCCCAUACAUCGCCGCCAACGCCGGCAGCGAUAUCAGAUUACUACACGCCCGAAAUUUUUCCCAAAAUAAAGCGGCGAUCAUGUCAUUAUUGGCAACCUCGCCAUCACGAAUUGAUCCAUUCACAGUGCGACCACAAAUCGUCAAGGAGGGUUGGCUACAGAAACGUGGCGAGCACAUAAAGACCUGGCGCCCACGUUACUUUAUCCUACGCCAUGAUGGAACGCUUAUGGGCUACCGCAGCAGACCAUCAGAUACUACGCAAUCGGAUCAGUUGCUAAACAAUUUUACUGUUCGCGGAUGUCAGAUUAUGACGGUGGAUCGUCCCAAACCAUUUACAUUUAUCAUACGUGGCCUGCAAUGGACGACUGUGAUAGAGCGCACAUUCGCCGUGGAGACCGAAGCGGAGCGCCAACAGUGGACCGAGGCCAUCCGAAAUGUAGCAAGUCGUUUGAGUGAAAUGGGCGAGACGGCCAUGUCCCCAUCAGAGGAAACAGAUGCGGCCGAUGUGGAUAUGGCGGCCAUAGCCGAGGUCGAGCUGUCGGAUAAGUUCUUAGUGCAGGGCACAACGCGCACCGGAAGUGGUGUUAAAAAAGUCACAUUGGAGAACUUUGAGUUCUUGAAGGUGCUCGGCAAAGGCACAUUCGGCAAAGUCAUUCUGUGUCGCGAAAAAGCCACAGCCAAGUUGUAUGCAAUUAAAAUUCUCAAAAAGGAAGUUAUAAUUCAAAAGGACGAGGUAGCACACACACUUACUGAAAGUCGUGUACUCAAGUCUACAAACCAUCCCUUUCUUAUUUCCCUUAAAUAUUCAUUUCAAACCAAUGAUCGCCUGUGUUUUGUCAUGCAAUACGUGAAUGGAGGUGAACUCUUCUGGCAUUUAAGUCAUGAACGCUUCUUUACUGAGGAUCGUACACGAUUUUAUGGGGCCGAGAUCAUAUCCGCAUUGGGUUAUUUGCACUCCCAGGGCAUCAUAUAUCGUGACUUAAAGCUCGAAAAUCUUUUGCUGGACAAAGAUGGACACAUAAAGGUCGCCGAUUUUGGACUGUGUAAAGAGAAUAUUACCGAUGGGCGUACAACGAAAACAUUUUGCGGCACACCGGAAUAUUUAGCGCCGGAAGUAUUAGAUGAUAACGAUUACGGGCAGGCGGUGGAUUGGUGGGGCACUGGUGUAGUUCUAUACGAGAUGAUAUGCGGUCGUCUUCCUUUUUACAAUCGUGACCAUGAUGUGCUCUUCAUGCUUAUUCUCUCCGAGGCUGUUAAAUUUCCACGUAACAUAAGUGAGGAAGCCAAAAGUCUCUUGUCUGGUUUAUUAGCAAAGGAUCCGAAAAAACGUUUAGGUGGUGGUCCAGAUGAUGUUAAAGAAAUACAAGCGCAUCCCUUUUUCGCGAGUAUUAACUGGACAGAUUUAGUCCAAAAGAAGAUAACACCGCCUUUCAAGCCGUCAGUGGAAUCAGAUACAGAUACACGCUAUUUUGACAAGGAGUUUACGGGUGAGAGUGUCGAACUAACGCCACCCGAUUCAACCGGUCCAUUAGGUUCAAUAGCGGAAGAACCACUUUUUCCGCAGUUCAGUUAUCAAGGAGACAUGGCCUCAACAUUUACAAGUCUUCCAUCGAUGCAAUAGAACAAGCUGCAACCUACAAAAAACUAUAUAUAUUCUGCUUCAACUGCUCCAUAGAAAUGGUAAUUACCUACCACACACUCUACCAAUAAGCCCAAAAAACGAUAGUAACUUAUUUUUAAUAAAGGAAAAAAGAAAGAAUAUAAAUCUGAACUAAACUGCGCAUACUUGAGGGCGAUAUAAAAAUAGUUUACUACGUACGAUACAUAUAUACUUAUAUAUACAUUUAAAUAUACAAUUUUAAGGAUAUCAUUUAAAGUGAAUAAUUAAUUAUUAAACAAAAAAGUAAGCAAA